AUGACCGCGUCGGUGCGCGCGUCCACCCUCGCGCGUGUACAUACGGCACUGUCCCUCGCUGCUUUCCUCAGUGCUCUCAUCAUUGGCUGUACUCUACAUUAUAAGAAGAUCGUGAAGAAUGGCGUGGCUGGUUGGCCUCAAGAAUGGUUCCCGAGUGUGUCUGCAACAAUCGGCGACUGGUACCCAGAGCGCAACAUCUUUCAACUUCUCAUUGCUCUCAACGCAGGUCCUCGCUUUGCUGUUCUCUUGCUCUCCUAUUGUAUAACGCGGGCUACGCAACCUUCGCGCUCUCUGCUCCUGCUAUGUACCGGCAUCAUCCGCACCCUAUCGUGCGGCGGCUGGGUCUUUGUAACAUCGUCUGACUCGGGCGACACGCACGACUUCCUGAUGAUUCUGUACAUCGUCUGCGACUUACCAUGGAUGUGGGCCGGACUCGACAGCGCCGGGCGACGAGCUCGCAAAUGGCGACUGAUAAGCGCUUCUGCGUUUUGGCUCAGUCUUGUACCCAUGAUCUACUUCUACGUUCAGCACAAGGUGCAUCGCGUUCCUGGUGCAUAUACGCGCUACGCCUUCUUCGAGUGGAGCCUCAUCUUCCUCGACAUUGCGUACGACUCGACAUCAGUGAUGCUCUUUGACGAUAGCAAACUCGAGCUCACCAUAACUGUACCCGACGGAGCAACACUGCCCAUACCCAGCAAUGACAAAGCGAACGAAAUAGCCAAUGAGACGCCUUCACAGCCAGUGACUGUCCAGAUAGUCGACUCUUUCUCAGCUGCAGAACUAUCAUUCACAGCCCAAGUCCGCGAAUUCACCUCCUUUGUAUCUGAUGUAUAUCUCGCCUACGUAUCAUGGACGAUCAUCACUGCUCUUCCUGUCAGCCUCUUCUACUUCUCCAUAUGGAAGCUUGCGCUCGCCGGUCCCGAGUUCACGACAUUGGCGACACUGUCUCCUUUCUUGCUCGCUCUUCCUAUCAUUCGUCGCUGGGUUGGAACACGACAUGCACAAGUGGGACUAUCUGCCUUCGGCCUCAUGUGCUUGGGAGCGUACAGAAGCGAAAGUGUCGUAUCACGGCUGUUGGCGAUUGCGGCGGGCACGAUCGCUACAUGUCUGAGACUGGCUGGUGAAUGGGAUAGUCCUCGAGUAGGGUAUCAUGCAGUCGUGUGUGUCCUCGGACUCCUUGUUUCAUCGCUUUCGAAGCAUCUGAACGACGGGAAUAACCCACUGUGGCCCAUCGUUGACGAGAACUCUGGCGGUCACCAUCGAAUACUCCUCACUCUCGGAGCGCUCGCCCUCGUCGAGCAAGCAUUACGUCAAGCAUCGUCACCACCACCGCCACCCGCAUCUGCACCGGCCUUAGAUCGACGGACUGAACAAUGGUUGGCACCUACCCUCGCGCUCGGCGCUUCUUUGUACGGUUUGCACGAACGGUUCUCAGACCCCGCAACACUGGUUGCCUGGUCCUGGGUCGGAUUUGCCGGUCCGAAGACCGGUCCGCAUCCGCACACCCAUGCCGCGCUCGUGUUCGUGGCUUCGGCUGUGGGCGCUGCACUUCCUGCUGUAUUCUCGGCCGAGUGCUUCAUCACUAUCGCUAACCGUCAUGGAACGGAGAAGACAACCGACAACGACUACGCCGUGACGCGUGCGCUGCCCGAUAUCCUAUUGCACCCGCUGUUCUACCUCGUCACCGCGCUCCCUUCAUCGUACCUCCUCAUAUACUCCUCCCGCUGGCCCGCAUACAUUGGCGCUCUACUGCAAGUGGUCCUCCUGGGAGCUUCGUUCCCGAUGAUACUGGCAAAUGCGGCUCGCGCUGCGCGUGCGAGAGGAGCAGCGAGAGUCUUCGGUGGCGCGUGGGUUGUAUGGGUCGUCUUCCUCUUUGCGGGGACGUUCACGGUCGCGUACGCGUUCGUACCUGGCGCUGGGCCGUUUCGAGAACACACCGAUCUGGUUCUCGCUGCUCAGAUGCUCAUGCUCGCUCCCUCAUUCAACUGGCGCUCCCUACUUGGCGGUAUCACCAAGUCCACGACUUUAAUCGAGCCCCUUCCAGCUCUACCUUCUGGAACUCGCGCGCGGACAUUGGGUCUGGCUGCAAUCCUCGCCCUCGCUGCGAUAGUCACUCCUCUCUACCAGCCCAGCUUGGUACCGGCUCCGCACUCCCUGCACGCUCGCGCGCGGACGUUCAACGCUGGUAUAUGGACUGUGCAUUUUGGUCUGGAUGAUGCCGGGCGGGAUAGUCAGAGGCGAAUGCGAGACCUCAUCGGCGAUAUGCAGCUUGAGGUUGUAGGACUGCUGGAGACGGAUCUCCAUCGGCCCGUAUAUGGCAAUCGUGACCUGACGCGAGUGAUGGCGCGUGAACUGGGAUACUACGUUGACAUUGGACCAGGACCGAACAAGCAUACCUGGGGCGCGGUCCUUCUCUCCAAGUUCCCAAUCCUCUGGAGUAAACAUCACCUUCUACCGUCACCGGAUGGUGAACUUGCUCCUGCGAUUGAGGCGGUUCUGGACGUAUAUGGGGCGAAGGUUACUGUUGUGGUCGCUCACAACGGACAGGAGGAGACGCCGCUCGAUCGUGAGUUGCAGGCGAUGGCGCUGGCGAAGAUCAUGCGUAGUAGCGCGUUCCCCGUCGUCUUCCUUGGAUACGUGGUCACCAAGCCACAUGCAUCGCGUCCUGCGCCGUACGAUAUCAUGGUCAACGACGGACGUGUCCACGACAUCGACGACGAAGACUGGGACCGCUGGUGCGAGUACAUCUUCUACCGCGGUCUACACCGCACAGCCUACGCGCGCGUCUCACGGUCGACGAUCACGGAUACCGAGCUGCAGAUCGGACAGUUCUCCGUGCCAAGAGCUGGGAGAGUUAAGGAAGAUGGUGCGCGGAGGCUCAUGGAGCGCGAAAGGAGAUACAUCAGGUCUUGGAAGGAGGACAUGCCGCGCGAGCAUUGGUUCCCGCAGGAGUACUACGGGAACGAGAGGGAAGGGGGGAAGAGAGGGCAUUUCUAUCAUGUGUUCAACACGCCAUUGUAUUACCAGAUCCCGCCAGAACUGGACGCUCCAACGUCGGAGUGA